AUGCUACAGGUGUGGACACCGGAUUCAAAAGCAGAGGGUGCUGCUAGAAUCUUAGUAGUCUUCGAGCAAUUAGAUGCAGAAGAAAGAAGAAAGAAAGAGUCUGUUGAGAAGGAAGGAAAGAAAGAAGAUGAGAAGAAGGAUCAGAAGAAAGAAGAGAAGAAGGAAGGUUUUGGCGAGAAGGAGGAGAAGAAAGAGGAUGAAAAGAAAGAAGAAAAGAAGGAUUAA